GCGCCGCGCCCGGGACAUGCGGCCGCCCCCGCCGGCGAGGCGGCGAUGAGGCUCCGCAGCGGCACGGCGCUCACGCUGCUGCUCGGCUGCCUGUGCGCGCUGCUCUCGCUCUCCUGGUACGGCGCCUUCGGCGGGCACAAAGGCGACGUUGUGGACAUCUACCAGCGGGAGUUCCUGGCGCUCAGGGACCGGCUGCACACGGCCGAGCAGGAGAGCCUGAAGCGCUCCAAGGAGCUCAACCUGGUCCUGGAGGAGAUCAAGAGAGCCCUGUCAGAGAAGCAGGCCCUGAGGGACAUAAACCGGACCUGGAGCAGCUUAUCUGACGAAACCAAGUUAAAACUGUGGAAUAUCACCAACAAGAAUGUGCUGCACCUUCCCACCAUCUUCCAUCAUUUGCCACAUUUGCUGUCAAAGGAGAACAGUCUGCAGCCAGCCGUGCAUGUGGGACAGGGGCGCACUGGAGUGUCUGUCGUGAUGGGAAUCCCCAGCGUGAAGCGGGAGGUGCAUUCCUACCUCACUGACACCCUCAACUCCCUCAUCUCAGAGCUAACUCAGCAGGAGAAGGAGGAUUCUGUCAUCGUUGUCCUCAUUGCUGAGACGGAUCCACAGUACACAGCCGGAGUGGCAGAAAAUAUCAAAAACUUAUUCCCAAAGGAAAUACACUCAGGUCUCCUGGAGGUAAUUUCCCCAUCUCCACAUUUCUAUCCCGAUUUCUCCCACCUGCGGGAAUCCUUUGGAGACCCCAAGGAAAGAGUCAGGUGGAGGACAAAGCAGAACCUGGACUACUGCUUUUUAAUGAUGUAUGCCCAGUCCAAAGGCAUUUAUUAUGUGCAGCUGGAGGAUGACAUUGUGGCCAAACCAAACUAUCUCAGCACGAUGAAGAACUUUGCCUUGCAGCAGCCCUCUGAAGAGUGGAUGAUCCUGGAGUUCUCUCAGCUGGGGUUCAUUGGAAAAAUGUUCAAGUCUCUGGAUCUGAGCUUGAUUGUGGAGUUCAUCCUGAUGUUCUAUAAGGACAAACCCAUUGACUGGCUGCUGGAUCACAUCCUCUGGGUGAAAGUCUGCAACCCUGAGAAAGAUGCAAAACACUGCGACAGGCAGAAGGCAAACCUGAGGAUCCGCUUCAAGCCCUCGCUCUUCCAGCACGUGGGAACCCACUCCUCCUUGGCUGGGAAGAUACAGAAGCUGAAGGACAAGGACUUUGGAAAACAUGCACUGCGGAAAGAGCACAUCAACCCUCCUGCUGAGGUGAGCACCAGCCUGAAAACCUACCAGCACUUCACCCUGGAGAAGGCUUACCUGCGGGAGGACUUCUUCUGGGCCUUCACUCCCACUGCCGGCGACUUCAUCCGCUUCAGAUUCUUCAAACCACUCCGAAUUGAAAGGUUCUUCUUCCGCAGCGGGAACAUCGAGCACCCAGAAGACAAACUCUUCAACACGACCGUGGAGGUGCUGCCGUUUGACAGUCUGCAGUCAGAUAAGGAAGCCUUGCAGGAGGGAAGAGGCACAGCUGUCAAAUACCGCAGGACAGCAGAUGGCUACGUCCAGAUAGGCUCGUUCUCCAAGGGCGUCGCAGAGGGUGAGGUGGACCCAUCCUUUGGGCCCCUGGAGGCCAUCAGGCUGUCCAUCCAGACCGACUCCCCGGUGUGGAUCAUCCUGAGCGAGAUUUUUAUCAAAAAAGCAGAGUGAAACAGGCAUGGGGCAGAACGGAACCCUCGUGGAUCCCUGGUCCUGCUCCCCCCCUCCCGCUCCCUCCUCCCCACGGCGCCUCGCCCGGACCAGGACAGCGCAGGGCCAGCAGAGCCGCUGCUGCUGUGCAUCCCCAGCGGGGCCAGGGCGGGCAUUGACUCCUCCUGAAGAGGAGCAGAAAGCAGAACCCAACCCCCUGUGCAGAGGGGGGGCUUUGCUCCGCUCCCUCGGGGUGCUGCUGCUGCUCGGACACACGGACACACGGACAGUUUGGGGUCGGGAUGAGCUUUGGCCAGCGUGGGGACAAAGAGCACCUUCAGCCCCAGACAGGGCUCAAACCUUUGGCUGUGUUUGGGGACAGAGCAGGUCACACCGAGUCCUGCCAGCUGACCCCGCUGGCGCGCUGGGAUGGAGGCGGCAGGGCCCGAGGUCUGCCUUGCCCUCUCCCAGGCAGCAGUCCUGGCCACGGCCGAGGAUUAAGUGAGGGCAAAGACUGACCCUCCUUCAGCAGAGGAGGAACGAAUCCAAAGGGGUUGGAGCUAUGAUUAUGGCAGGGAAAACAAAAAAAUAAAAUAUGCCACACUGUGCCUGCCAGCAUUGAACACAGCCCCUUAACUCACAGUGAAGUCUCCAGUGUCUUCAUGCCUUGAGAUUGAGUGCAGAAACUGUCUUUUAAAUAACUAAUUCAGUUAUUGAUUGAUGUGGGUUUUUUGGGGACGGAAAAAAAAAAGCAGAGGUAGCCCAGUUCAAAAAUAGUAGGGAUUAGUGUAAAUCCCAAUGUCCUUUCAGCUAUACACUGGAAUGCAUUAUACUACUUUAAUGUUCUGUAUUUUUUAUUAUUGGAUACAUUUGAUUUUUCAAGUACAUCUCUCUAUAUAAAUAUAUAAAACAAUGUGCACUGUAAUAAAAGCUAAAUUUAAA